AUGGAUCAACAAGAGCCCAUCGUUCACCUCCAUCGGACCAUCGCCGCCAAUCCGAGAUUUCCUCAAGAGAUUCUGGAUCAAUUUAUUGACUUCUCUGUCCCCGAUCAUUCUGCAGACACUCUCGGUCGACAGACCCUCCUCUCAUGGUCGACCGUGUCGCUUCCCUGCAACACCAGGGCUCGUAAACACCUCUUUGCCUGCAUUCCUAUUGAAAUCGUGGAUGAAAAGCACCAAGAUGCAUUGAAGAACAUAGCAGUGCUCUUACGAGGUAACAAUCGCAACAUCAGGAACAUUCCUCAGAGGCUCGAAAUCGAAACCUGCGACUGUCGCUCUCUGAAUCGGUGGUGGGACCGAGUUUCUGAAAUUAUGGAUUUCAUGCCUCAAUUACAGGAGCUAUCGAUCGACUCUGUCUCGGGGAUCAAUUGGAGAGGAGUACAAGGAGACGUUCGACAGUCGAUUUGGAAUUUGUGGAACAAGUUACCAUCCUUGACAACCUUGGAGCUCGAGAGCUUUUACAACUUCAACGCGGAUUUCCUACUCGGCUGGAGGAAUAUCCGGAUAUUAUCCCUUGAUAACUGCGGGUUCUCCAUGACUCCACCAGAGGAAACCCCAGACUUCCAUGAAGUUGCCGUGAGCGCUCCGCCUGCGCGCUGGGACAGUUUGCACCUCUCACAUUCCUUGAACUUCUUAACGGUCAUUUCCCAAAAAUCACUCCCCCAACUGUCUUCUAUUACUACACGUUUCAUGAAAUUUUACAAUACUGGGACGGACUUUUGGAAAUUAUUCGCUUCGAUUUCUACCCUGUCGACGGAGAAGCUCGAACUCGUUGUGCCCAUGCCUCAUACACUUUUUUUCCCAGAUGACAAUUUUUACACUCCCCAACCCGGCCAUGAAGCUCCUCGUCUAAUCUCCCUGCACAUCCGUGAUCAGGGAUUCUGGUUAUUCGGCAGUAGCGUUGACUUCGCACCCAUCAUCGCGUUUGGCUCGGCGGCGAGACUCCGGAAGGUGAACUUAACAUUCGAGAUACGUAUCAGUGACGAUGAAGAACCUGUCCAAGGAAUUCCAGAGGAAGAAGACUGGCAUGGGCUCGAUCUUGCAUUUUCCGGCCCCUCAAUUUCCUUCCCUGAAGCACAUUAA